AUGCUUCGAACCUUGUCGGCGAAAUCAGGAGCUGCCGGCCUCGGCCAAGUGAGGUCAUGCCAGUCGCUCCCGAGCAGCACAUGCUUCUCCUCAUCGGCGCGACGAUUGGCCUCGACCUCGACCACACACUCCCCCGCAUCCAUCUACCUUCGACGAGCCCAGCCGUCUUCCUCGACCAAAAUCCCCUCCACCUCCCGCAGCUUCCACAACACCGUUGGCAGAAUGUCAGUUUCGACCCGAACCGAGAGCGAUGCCUUUGGCGAGGUCCAGGUCCCCGCCGACAAGUACUGGGGAGCCCAGACCGAGCGAUCUCUCGAGAACUUCAAGAUCAACCAGCCCCAGGACCGCAUGCCCCCCGCCAUCGUCAAGGCCUUUGGUAUCCUCAAGGGAGCUGCUGCCACCGUCAACAUGCGCUACGGUCUUGACCCCACCAUUGGCAAGGCCAUCCAGCAGGCUGCCCAGGAGGUCGCCGACGGCAAGCUCCUGGACCACUUCCCCCUCGUCGUCUGGCAGACCGGCUCCGGCACCCAGUCCAACAUGAACGCUAACGAGGUCAUCUCCAACCGUGCCAUUGAGAUCCUCGGCGGAGUCAAGGGUAGCAAGAAGCCCGUCCACCCCAACGACCAUGUCAACCGCAGCGCCUCCUCCAACGACACCUUCCCCACCGUCAUGCACAUCGCUGCUGUUCUUGAGCUCGAGAGCGACCUUCUCCCUGCUCUGCGCAGCCUCCGCGACGCUCUCCAGGCCAAGGUUGACGACUUCGAGGCCAAGAAGAUCAUCAAGAUCGGACGUACCCAUCUCCAGGAUGCUACCCCGCUCACCCUUGCCCAGGAGUUCUCCGGCUACGUCGCCCAGCUCGAGUUUGGAAUCAAGCGUGUCGAGAGCUCCCUGCCCGAUCUCCGUCUUCUCGCCCAGGGCGGUACUGCUGUCGGUACUGGGAUCAACACCUUCGUGGGCUUUGCCGAGGGCAUUGCUGAGGAGGUCACCAAGAUGACCGGCACCGAGUUCAAGACCGCCCCCAACAAGUUCGAGGCCCUUGCUGCCCACGACGCCAUCGUCCAGGCCCACGGCAGCCUGAACACCCUGGCCACCUCCCUCACCAAGAUUGCCCAGGACGUCCGAUACCUGGGCAGCGGCCCCCGCUGCGGUCUCGGCGAGCUCAUCCUCCCCGAGAACGAGCCCGGCAGCAGCAUCAUGCCGGGCAAGGUCAACCCCACCCAGUGCGAGGCUCUUACCAUGGUCUGCGCCCAGGUGAUGGGUAACCACGUCGCCACCACCAUCGGAGGCAUGAACGGCCAGUUCGAGCUCAACGUUUACAAGCCUCUCGUCAUCCGCAACCUCCUGCACAGCUCCAGGCUGCUCGCAGAUGGCAUGCGCUCGUUCGAGAAGAACUUGGUUGCUGGUCUGCAGGCCAACGAGGAGAAGAUCUCCAGCAUCAUGAAGGAAUCCCUUAUGCUUGUCACCUGCUUGAACCCCAAGAUUGGCUACGACAUGGCCAGCAAGGUUGCCAAGAACGCCCACAAGAAGGGUCUCACCCUCAAGGAGAGUGCCAUGGAGCUGAAUGCUCUCACCUCUGAGGAAUUCGACACCCUGGUCAAGCCCGAGCUGAUGGUUGGUCCUUCGCCUUACAAGGGCUAA